AUGACGGUAUUGCGGUACCUCGCAAACGAGAGUUGUCGCUUCCAGACCUUUGUUGCAAAUCGCAUUGCAAUAAUCAGAGAUGCCUCUUGCUUGCAGCAGUGGAAGUACGUGAAUACCAAAUUCAACCCUGCUGAUUGCGCAACACGUGGUCAGUCAGUGAAAAGGUUUCUUCAGUGCUCCAUGUGGUUUGAGGGUCCAGGCUUCCUGUCUCAGCCAGAAACAGAAUGGCCUCAGCAAGAUGCCGAUCUUACCAAGCUACCAGAUAAUGAUGCCGAGGUGAAGAAGACUGUGCUGAUGACAGCAGAGAUACCUAUCAGUCCGGUUGACAGACUUCUGGAGCACUAUUCAGAUUGGACCAGGCUGAAACGGGCAGUUGCUUGGAUAUUGGUUGUGAUGAAGCGCCUCCAAGAUAGAGUAGCUGCAAGCGAGAGGUUGAAACAGGAGCCAGCACAGCAAGAGUUAGAACAGCAAGAACCCAAUGUGUUGCACCGUUCAUAG